AUGGAAGACGAGAGAAUAAUUGAAUACGGAGACAAAAGAUCUUAUCUUCGUAAGCGUCGAAGUAGUCACUAUAGAGUCGGAUCCUUUCGAAGGCAAGUGAUGGAUGCCAUCAACGACAAUGUGGACCCAAAUCCACUUUACCGAUUUUCAUCUUGUGGGGAUCUCCCAGGAGGGACAAGGGAUGAUGACACGAUUGCAUCCUCUGUCACUUCCUCCUUCAGCUCGCUCCCUCGUAGCUCCUUCAGCUCCUUCAGCUCGCUCCCUGGGAGUAAGAGGGGGUCGGGCCAUACGGGUUCCAUGCAAAACGUGCAAUGGGAAUCGAGCAGAAAAUUGAACAGGAAUUUGUCCAGCAGAUACAAGCUCAUGGACCGAGGUCAGUUGCUUGGCGAAAUUGACAGGCAGUCUUCCAGACUUUUACCACACGAUACCUCUGAUCUAUAA